AUUCACUGUUCUUCUCUUCAGAAUUCAGAUCCCUAUCAAACCCUCUCUGUACCUCUUCUUCUUCUUCAAGGCCACCACCAACCCCUCCUCCGAUCUACCGUGGCAGUUCCAUCUGAAACAAACACACCACCAGCUCCAACAAAACGGAACAAUCACCGACAUCUACCCUCACACUCUCUCUUUCAGUCUUCUAAACUUUCAUUUCUAUUAGUUCUGAAAAAGCUUUUUGUCUCUGGUUCCGAUUCGUUACUUGGGAGAUCUGGAUCACUGAGAUUCGUAACAAUCUAGGGUGGUUUAAGAAACGGGGUUUUGGAUAAAUUGCAUGUUCAGUUUUGGAUCCACUUAGUGGGAGAAGAUUUGUGUUGGUAAUCGUGGCGACAACCGUUGGUUUUGUGAAACACUCUCAUUUCUUGUUGGUGCUGUUGUAGCAGUGAGAUCUAGUGGAAAAAAACACAAGUUUUGAAUCUCUGUGAAUUUGUGCUCUUUUGUGAACCAUGGAAACGCUUGUUGUUGUGGCACAGCAUAGGAACCAAUUCCACAGGUCUAAGACCCAAGGCCAUCCUAGGUUUGGUCCUUCUUCUCCUUCUAGGGAUUUUAGGGGCAUCAAUUGUAGAACUUUUCAAACUGGGACUGGUAUUCUACCAACACCAUUGAAAUCUGAUACUAUUUCACCUAUGGCCAAAAUGGCAUCUCCACCAUCACCUUCCCCUAGAACACCAUCUAGUAUUGUCCCAGAUAACAAACCCCGCAGCAAAAUUGCCACACCAAGGAGUGCCCCAGUUGCUAUCCAUGGCAAACCGUGUAGAAAGGUUGAUGAUUUCAGUGAAGGGCAUCAUUUUCCUGGUGGAAGAUGCAUUUCUCUCUCAGAGCUUUGGGCUGGACCUACCUAUUCGAAUUCGCCGCCACCUAGUUCAUUGCCUAUCCCGAAAUUCUCAGUUAGGCCAAAGAGGACUGUGUCCCUCGAGCUGCCUCGGUCCUCCCCUGAGAUUGAGCUGCAUCCGGUUGCCAAGUCUGCUCCCUCAUCCCCACGCAGGGAGUAUUCCCCUUCCACCAGAGACAUCUUUGCUAAUGCUGAUUCUGCCACGAAGACCCUGUGUCGAAUUCUCAAUCUUAACUUGGAUGGGGAAUGAGGUUGAAGGGGAAACUGGUUUCUUGUAAAUAUGUUUUUAUUUUCAGUGAAGCUGGGUUAGUGUUAGAUGUAUAUAGAGUGACCAAAUAAAAGUAUGUAGCUCUUGAGUUUGUGUAGUUGUCAGUAGUGGUGUGAUGACAAUGUUGAUCGAUGGCUGUGGUGUGGUGGGUUAACAAUCUCCGGACUUUUGGGAAUUGGAUCAAGCUUAGUAGUGGAGAGAGGUAUUCAAGGCUCUUAUGGGGGGCACAGGGUUUACUAUGACUCAUGUGACUCAGGUGAUGUGGAUGGAAGCUUCCAUCAAAAUGGUUGGGAAGAAGCUGCCAUGAAAAUGGUUGGGAAAUUAUAGAAGUUGAAUGAUGGUAACUGGUUGGAGUGGCUUGGAAUGGAAUAGACUUUGGUUAUACCUAUCCUGAAGAAAUUUAUAUAUUCCAGCCGACUCAUGGUUUCAUGUUAGAUAUGCUUAAAGGCAUAAUCUCUUC